AAUUCUUUGCCAUCUUCAUAUAUCUGUUCCAUUUUCCCUAUUUCUCUUCCGAUUUCCGAAAGCUCCAUUUUUAUCCCUAACUUUUAGGUGUUGAAGAUGUCUUGCUACAGGGGCAAAUACGCUGAUGAGCUUAUUGCCAAUGCUGCGUACAUUGGAACCCCUGGAAAGGGUAUUCUUGCUGCCGAUGAGUCAACUGGCACAAUUGGUAAGCGUCUUUCCAGUAUCAAUGUCGAAAAUGUUGAAACAAACAGACGUGCCCUUCGUGAGCUCCUUUUCACUGCUCCUGGUGCUCUCCAAUACCUCAGUGGGAUCAUUCUGUUCGAGGAAACUCUCUACCAGAAGACUGCUGCAGGCAAGCCUUUCGUCGAUGUCAUGAAGGAAGGUGGUGUACUCCCUGGCAUUAAGGUUGACAAGGGUACUGUUGAACUUGCCGGAACCAAAGGUGAGACCACAACCCAGGGUCUCGAUGACCUUGCUCAGCGCUGCCAAAAGUACUACCAAGCUGGUGCUCGUUUUGCCAAAUGGCGUGCUGUGCUCAAGAUUGGCGAUAAUGAACCUUCUCAGUUGGCUAUCAACGAAAAUGCCAAUGGAUUGGCCAGAUACGCCAUCAUAUGCCAGGAGAAUGGCCUUGUACCCAUUGUUGAGCCUGAGAUCUUGGUUGAUGGUCCUCAUGACAUCCACAAGUGCGCUGAUGUAACCGAACGUGUUCUUGCUGCGUGCUACAAGGCUCUAAAUGAUCACCAUGUCCUCCUUGAAGGGACCUUGUUGAAGCCCAACAUGGUUACCCCAGGAUCUCAAUCUGCAAAGGUUGCACCCGAAGUGAUUGCCGAGCACACUGUCCGUGCCCUUCAGCGCACUGUCCCUGCUGCAGUUCCUGCUGUGGUGUUCUUGUCUGGUGGACAGAGCGAAGAGGAGGCCACUAUCAACCUUAAUGCGAUGAACAAACUCAAGGGGAAGAAACCAUGGUCUCUCUCUUUCUCCUUUGGACGAGCUCUUCAGCAGAGUACUCUCAAGGCAUGGGCUGGAAAGGAUGAGAACAUCCCCAAGGCUCAGGGUGCUUUGCUCGUAAGGUGCAAGGCCAACUCCGAAGCAACUCUGGGAACUUACAAGGGUGAUGCUAAGCUCACUGAGGGUGCCUCGGAGAGCCUCCACCAGGAUAACUACAAGUAUUGAUGAGUUAUUGGACUCGGUAUUGCCUUUGUAGACAACAAGGCUGCGGCAUAUUGUGUUUGGAUUCUCAGGCAUAGGGGUAGUUCUCUUCUUUUUCUUCUAAUUUCAAUUCUAAUAUCAAGCUAUAUGGUAGGCGUUGGUAAUAAGCUUGAUGAGCGUCGCCAUGUGAGGUUUUUGCAAGUUUUUUGUUAUUACAUUUCAGUGGAAGAACUGGUUAUCUUCUGGUUUCUGUUGUAAUUUUGGUUUUUUCAUCAGUUAAUAACACCAUUCAUAAUGGGAGUUUUGUAUUAUGUUGCCGCACUGUAUGAGAUUGUUUUGAAUUCUAUGGUUGUUCUUGCCCA